CCAGCUCCUUUUACUCAAUUCACUAUAAGAGAAACUAGUUUGUAAGAAACGCUAAGUGAGUGUGUGUGGUCAAUUGAGAUGGAGAGGAGCCAAAUCAAUAGUCCAAUAUUAGCAAUAAUGGAGCUGGCCAACCUUGUCAGUGUCCCCAUGUCUCUCAAUGCCGUCAUUAAGCUCAAGGUGCUGGACACAAUUUGGCAGGAUGGAUUCAACAACCCCCUCUCCGCGGCGGAGAUCCUAUCUGCCGUCGCUGUUGGCCCUCACGCCGAUGCUGAGAACCUCCAACGCAUUCUGCGGUUGCUCACCAGCUACGGAGUGUUCAAUGAACACAUUGCGGGAGAUGGCUCGGGAAGAAGAUAUUCAUUGACGGAGGUGGGAAAAGCCCUAGCAACUGAUGAGAACGGCCUAUCCUACGCACCCUACGUACUCCAGCACCACCAAGAUGCAAUAAUGCUGGCAUGGCCGCUGGUGCACGAGGCCGUUCUGGACCCGUCAUCUGAGCCAUUCGUGAAAGUUCACGGCGAGCUAGCUUACAGUUACUACGGCAAGUAUCCUGAGAUGAACCUUCUGAUGCACGGAGAGCUACCUUACAGUUACUACGGCAAGUAUCCUGAGAUGAACCUUCUGAUGCAGAAAGCCAUGUCCGGUGUAUCCGUACCGUUCAUGAAAGCGUUUCUGGAUGGCUACGAUGGGUUCCAGGGAGUGGAGACACUGGUCGAUGUGGGCGGGAACUCAGGGGAAUGUUUGAGGAUGAUCAUGAGCAAAUAUCAAAGUAUUAAAAAAGGUGUCAAAUUUGAUUUGCCGGAGGUUGUUGAAAAAGCACCCAAGAUUCCUGGUAUAGAGCAUGUUGGCGGUGACGUGCUCAAGUCCGUUCCACCCGGUGAUGCUAUUUUCAUGAAGUGGAUAUUAGUGGCAUGCACUGAUGACGAAUGCAAGCAAAUUUUUAAGAAUUGUUUCGAUGCACUUCCACCGGGAGGAAAGCUAAUUGUGUGUGAUCCACUGCUACCCGACCGCGCAGACGAUAACCGCAGUAGCCGAGCCAUUCUUGAAGCAGAUAUAUACAUCAUGACAAUGUAUAGGACUAAGGGAAAGCACAGGACAGAAACGGAGUGCCGGGAACUAGGCCUUGCUGCUGGUUUUCACAAUUUAAAGCCAAAAUUCAAUGUUGAUCAUUACUUCACUGUUCUAGAAUUUCAAAAAUGAUUUACAUUAUGCUAUUUCUAUGUCCUCUUGUGAUUUCAUAUCAUUAUCCCUAAUGCUGAAUAUUAGUGUGUUUUAUUUGAGUAUGCGCGCUUGUCUACGUUAA